CCACAUAAAUGUCUCACGCCAUGCAACAUGAACGCCAAAUCGGAUGUAGGCACAUGGAAAGCCGUCCGAUUUCCAUACGCUCGAUCGUAGCUACCUACCCACUGUCGUGUGUGGCGGCGAUGGUGAGCUUACCGUCGUCCUGGUCGCACCCUAUGAUUGUGCCCUCGACGCUGCCGAGUUGUGCAGGCGCGGCAGCAUCUAAUAUUUGCACGGCAGACUCGAGCAGGCUGCGUGUGUGGGCGUCCAUGCCCAGCAGCGACCUCAUGCUCAAACAGGCGAACUCGACAGAGUCCGAGACGCCUGCAGGAACUGAUGCAUUUGACACACAGGCAGACUCACGCACGGGUCUCUCAGUCGGGCUGUCUACGCACCCACACACCCACCCACCUGUGAGAUCGACGAGCAGUCUUGUGAUGCAUGGGAGUCCAUCUGCCUGCUCGCCUAUGUCGAUGGCGUCCCCGCUGCCCUCUCCCCAAAUCACACUCGCAGUCACCAGGUCGAGCUCUCGCUCAGGCCCGAUCGCCUUGAUGGCCUGCAGCGCCUGUUCCAUCGGCACACCGCCCAGGAUGGACAGCACCCGCAAGUUGGGCAUCUUGCUGGCCAGCUGGGUGCCGGCCGCUAAUGCCGUGCGCUUGCCGAGGACCAGGGUCGACACCUGCGGCAUCGGCUGGAUCUGGUCGAUGAUGGCGAGGGCAGGGUGGGCGGGGGCGGGGGCGGCCUGUGCAGGCUGGUCGACACCGAUCACAACCGCACUUGUGGCCUUGUUGAAUAAAAGGCCUGGCCAUGUCGAGCAUCGCAGGCGUGGGCGGGAUGCCACCCGAGUAGGACCACCUGACGUCCACUGCCACCACAGUCGCCUGGUCUGCCAGCUGGCGCAUGAGGGUCUUGAGGAUGGGGGAGGGGGCAGCGGGGAAGAGGGGGCUGUGCAGAGUCACCAGGAUGAACAAUCCUGCGGCACUGGUGAAGCUAAUGGGGACGUCCCCGAUGCACACCGCACUGGCGAAUGUCUGCAGGGCCUCGGCGAACUGGACAAUCCUUGGGCCCACAUCCGCCGGCUCGACGAACUUGACCUUCAGCGACUUGAGGGACCGACGACAGCCUCGUGACACGAGGACCGACCCCAGCUCCUAAGAAAGGAAAUGACAUGGGUCAGUAUCAUUGCAUCUGUUGUGCAUUCCGUGUUAGCAGCCUGCUGACCUGCAACUGAGUGCACCAUAACACCAACGCCUGCUGAUUCGUCAUCAGGUCGCCGGGGACCUCAAUCACCCCGAUAUCCUCCAAAUUCGCCAGCGGCCCCGCCUGCUCCAACACCUCGGCCUUCUGGUCAACCGUCGAGGGCACGUCGAACACCCUCAGGCACCGCGACGAGCCGACGAGCUGUCCCAGUGUGUCGACGUGCUCGUGCGCCUGCACCCGCUCCAGCGACGGGGCGCACCAGCCGCGGUUGCCGAUGCCACGGUGGUGGGCAGUGAGGCCGGUGAUGGAUGUGAGGGCGGGGAGGGAGGGGGGCGGGGCACACGGAGGGGGAGGAUGGGGUUGGUGCGCCCGACGGACGGCAUGUCCUCGUCGUUCAGCUCAACCGCCUCGAAGGCGAUCGUCGUGAGUGAGCCGUCGGGGAUGUCGGCCUCCUCUCCCCGCCUCUCUGCCUCCGUUCUCUUCUCCGCCACCAUCGCUGUGCGGCCCUCUGUGUGGCCCUCGAUGAGUGCCGAGAUGACGUCCAGACACCAGGCCCCCUCGCCAGCCGGGUGACCGCACCAGAUGCGGGCGACCUUCGGCAUGCGGCCGCCCCACCUCUUGGCCACGUUGACGGGCAUCGUCUGCCAGAAGGCCCUGUCGGCGGCCCGGGAGCCGUCGAUGUCCACCUGGCGCCACUGAGCCCCGGCCUCCUUGGCGAUGCUGUUGUCGAAGAGCGGCCAGACGCCAUAGUCCGAGAUGAGAAUGAGGUCCUCACGCGACAGACGCCUCCCAGCCUGCGAUGGGGAAGAUCCAUCAUUGUCGAAUGCAUCGAAUUUGGCUUCCUGGUGGUCUUACCUCUCCCUCGUUGGUUGGCCGCCGUCCCGACUGAGAGAUCAAACGAAAAGACGUGCCUGGCGUGCCUAUCGGCGUGCCAGCCAUCCUGCACAUGUCACCACAUCCGCAGAGCAUACCAUUCCACACACAGGCAGGGAAUGACUGGAGGGGCUCAACUUAGGAGUGAGUGCUCGGCUCACCUGCAUACUAGGUAUUAGUUUAAGAGGCGAGAUGCUAAGAUCUACCACGACGUCU